CUCUGAGCGGCGAUGGAUAAGUCAAAUUGGCGAUAACGCGAUUGGAAACUCGGACAAUCGGAGCCUUCAGCGGCUCUGCGCUUUCCCCAGGAUAUUUGUUAGUCUGUCUGGGGCUCAUUGCCAUGCAAAGCGGCUGACAUCAGAGCACCUUUUGUUGCUUAAAAGCUUUCUCCCGGAGAGAGAGAGAGAGCCCGGACUAGGAGUCAUGUGGAGUUGGGAGAGUCCAUGUCGGGAAAAGGGCAGAGAACCUGAGUUACUUCACCGACAAGUUGAAACCUAACGCCCAGCCGCUUCCCAGAUUCAGCUGGCAGAUCCUGGCUACGCUUGUUUCGUCCAGGCUUCUUUUGCGCUCGCCGAAAGAAGGGAAGGGACCCCCGGUGGUGGUUUUCUCCUGAACGCUGGAGAAGAGUUUUCACUCGACACCCCCCCCCUCCACAGAAAGAAGGUGGUUCGCGCCACGCUCUGCUCUGCCAUCCUGUUGCUUGGCCACGACAAGUAGGCAAAGUUCGUACGGGACAUGGAAGCGCUCUGGCGCGCCCAGAAGAGCUGAGCCCGAGUCCGGCGGCGUUUCCCAAAGGGUCCCGCGGCCUCCCAUCUGCCCUUGCCCCUCGCUGAGGGAGAGCCAGGCAAGAGGCGCGGCGGCAUGCUGGACAGGCUGGCCAGAAAGAUACCGUCUGGGGAGGCUGGAGCAGCGGCCAGGCGCGAGGUUUGAGGCUGCGGGGCGCGCCAGGCUCCCCUCUGCGGGGCUCGCGUGUUGAGCCGCCCUGGCUGAGAGGCAGCAGGCGAUGGAGGAGGAAGAGGAGCAAGCCUCGGCUGUCGAGUCCCAGGAGGGCGCCAGCAGCAGCAGCAGCGUCCCCGAAAGUUUCUCCAGGCUUUGGACGGAUGUCAUGGGGAUCUUGGAUGGGUCACUGGGCAACAUUGAUGAUCUGGCUCAACAGUAUGCAGAUUACUAUAAUACCUGUUUUACCGAUGUAUGUGAAAGGAUGGAAGAACUGCGUAAACGAAGGGUAUCUCAAGACCUUGAUAUGGUAAGAUGAUGAGGAAGACUACUCAUUUGCAAACUAAGAACCAUUUUAGGUUUUCAGGAAUGUCCCACAACAACAAUAACCCUAUGAGGUGGGUUGGGUUGAAAGAGAAUAACUGGCUCAAAGUCACCCAGCCAGUCAUGACUAAGACAAGACCAGAAAUUACUGAGUUCCAGUCAUCAGUUGCAGAGGUCUCUCCUGUGUCUAGUAAUCUCCCUAAAAUAGAGAGGUCAUCCUCAAUCAUCCAUAGGCAUAGAACACAUUCGGUUAGAGCAGGGGUGUCAAACUCAAGACCCGUGGGCCAAAUCAGCCCAUGGGGUGCUUGGAUCUGGCCUGCGAGGCCACCCUGGAAACAGCAUCUGAGUUAGAAGGUAACAUUUCUGCUUGCCAAGAUAUUAUCAUAAAUAGGCAUAGUCUUUGCCCAAAAGAAAUUCUACAUCAUCCAGCCAGAUAUCGCUGUGCAGCUACUCGCAACCUUCAUUGCUAAGGUGAAUUUAGUCAUUCAUCCGGACUAGGAACUAAUUCUGCCACCAUUCUGCCCCAGGCCCAAAUCUGUAUUAGAAAAGGAUUGAUAUAAUCUGAACAAUAAACUACUGGAAUUAAACAGAGGCAUUCACAAUCUUGGACAGUCUCCUAGUUUCUUUUGGCAGCUCACACUGAUAUCCAGGCAAAUCAAGACUUGUAUCAAGCUAUCCUUUGAAACCAUCUACAGGGGAUUGAAGGUCAGUACACUAGAAAUGCUGCUAUCUCAGCUGCCCCCCCCAACAUCAACAUCUUCCUAUAAAGCUACCAUAUAGUCCUCCAUGCCCUUCUUAUAUCUCAGUUAGAGAUGUAAGUUAGCUGGAGAAAAGUUAUCAAUAAAGUCUAGGUCUUUCUAUGUAAGAAUUCUACCUCAGGGAUAGCUAUGAAUAUGUCCCACUUAAAAAGGG